UGGGUAUAAAUAGGUCUCUCCUCCUCCUCCUCCUUCUUCUUCUUCUUCCUCCUCGCUCCUCGCCGGAUCCUCUCCUCCACCAUGGGCUUCGGGGAUCUGAACUCUCCCUCCGGACUCAAAGUCCUGAACCAGUUCCUGUCUGAGAGAAGUUACAUCGAGGGGUACGUCCCCUCUCAGGCCGAUGUGGCAGUCUUUGAGGCAGUCUCAGCCCCGCCCACAGCUGACCUGUGCCACGCCCUCCGCUGGUUCAAUCACAUCAAGUCGUAUCAGAGCCAGAAGAACAGUCUUCCAGGUGUGAAGAAGCCUCUGGGACAGUACGGUCCCGCAGGUGUAGCAGACUCCACGUCUGGACCGGCGCCCGCAUCAAAGGAAGACGAUGACGACGACGACAUGGACUUGUUUGGCUCUGAUGAGGAGGAAGACGCAGAGGCAGCAAGGCUGAAGGAGGAACGCCUGGCGGAGUACGCCGCACGCAAGUCAAAGAAACCCGCCCUCAUCGCCAAAUCGUCAAUCCUGUUGGACGUGAAGCCGUGGGACGACGAGACGGACAUGGGGAAGCUGGAGGAAUGUGUCCGCAGCAUUCAGAUGGAUGGACUGGUGUGGGGACAGUCCAAACUGGUCCCAGUGGGUUAUGGCAUCAAGAAGCUGCAGAUCGGCUGUGUGGUCGAAGACGACAAGGUGGGCACAGACAUCCUGGAGGAGCAGAUCACAGCCUUCGAGGACUUCGUACAGUCGAUGGAUGUCGCUGCUUUCAACAAGAUCUGAAACUACAAAAUAAAAGCACUUGAAAAUCAAAA